AUGGUGGGAAUCAAAAAUCAGCAAGGCAAUGACUGUGCUACGGAAGUGCGAGUCCAAGUUAACAAAGAUGGUAGUUACAAAGUCAGAUAUUUCCUCAAAGACACAGGAAAAUGCCGACUAUCAGUGAAAGCAAAUGAAGAACAUAUUCGAGGCAGUCCAUUUGCUGUUAACACGAAACCCAGACAGUUCAGACCCUUGUUAUCUUUUGGAAAAGAAGGGUCGUCAGUUGGAAUGCUUGCCGGUCCAUAUAGAGUGUCAGUGAAUGAACGAGAUGAAAUUUCCGGGACUGAGACUGGUAACCACAGGAUUCAGGUAUUCAGCAGUGAUGGAACUUACUUGAGAUCUUUUGGUAGUGAGGGUAAUAAUAAGGGAGAGUUUAAUUUCCCUUCUGGCAGAGCACAUGAUACGAACAAUAACAUUACAGUAGUAAACAAAGAAAACCACAGCGUUCAAUUGUUUAAUGAGCAAGGUGAGUACCUGAGCCAGGCUGGUGGUGAAGGAAAUCUUGAUCACCAGCUGAGUAAUCCUUUUGGUUUAUCUGUUGACGGGAAUGGAAAUAUCAUUGUUGCGGAUGAGGGCAACAGCCUUAUAAAAACCUUUUCAUCCAAUGGCCAGUUUUUGUAUAAACUUGGUGAAGGUAAAGAUUUUACUGCUCCUCUUCACUGUAUUCAAUAUAACAAACAUCUCAUAAUGUCAGACAGUUAUGAACAUUAUAUCAAAGUGUUUGAUAUAAAAGGUGAUUUUUUGUACAAUUUUAGAAAUAAGGGGGACGGGGGAUGA